ACAUUACUGGGACACCCUAGGCGGUAGAAGAAGCCGCUUUUCUGUCAUGCGCAUUGCGGAGAGCCGUUCUUCCCUCUUUCCCGACUUCACCACUCACUGGGAUCAGACCCCUGUCAUGCGCAUUAAGAGUCCUCUAUACAGGCGCUCCUCGCGGCACCGUCGUGCGCUUGCGCUGAGCAGCCCGCGAGGGCGGAAGUGGGAGCUGCGACCGGGAGGAGCUGCCGCUGCGCUCGCUGUGAGGUGGGCAAGCGGCGGAAAUGGCGCCCUCCGGGAGUCUUGCAGUUCCCCUGGCAGUCCUGGUGCUGUUGCUUUGGAGUGCUCCCUGGACGCACGGGCGGCGGAGCAACGUUCGCGUCAUCACGGACGAGAACUGGAGAGAACUGCUGGAAGGAGACUGGAUGAUAGAAUUUUAUGCCCCGUGGUGCCCUGCUUGUCAAAAUCUUCAACCGGAAUGGGAAAGUUUUGCUGAAUGGGGAGAAGAUCUUGAGGUUAAUGUUGCGAAAGUAGAUGUCACAGAGCAGCCAGGACUGAGUGGACGGUUUAUCAUAACUGCUCUUCCUACUAUUUAUCAUUGUAAAGAUGGUGAAUUUAGGCGCUAUCAGGGUCCAAGGACUAAGAAGGACUUCAUAAACUUUAUAAGUGAUAAAGAGUGGAAGAGUAUUGAGCCCGUUUCAUCAUGGUUUGGUCCAGGUUCUGUUCUGAUGAGUAGUAUGUCAGCACUCUUUCAGCUAUCUAUGUGGAUCAGGACUUGCCAUAACUACUUUAUUGAAGACCUUGGGUUGCCAGUGUGGGGAUCAUACACUGUUUUUGCUUUAGCAACUCUGUUUUCCGGACUGUUAUUAGGACUCUGUAUGAUAUUUGUGGCAGAUUGCCUUUGUCCUUCAAAAAGGCGCAGACCACAGCCAUACCCAUACCCUUCAAAAAAAUUAUUAUCAGAACCUGCACAACCUUUGAAAAAAGUGGAGGAGGAGCAAGAGGCAGAUGAAGAUGUUUCAGAAGAAGAAGCUGAAAGUAAAGAAGGAACAAACAAAGACUUUCUACAGAAUGCCAUAAGACAACGCUCUCUGGGUCCAUCAUUGGCCACAGAUAAAUCCUAGUUAAUUUUAUAGUUAUCUUAAUAUUAUGAUUUUGAUAAAAACAGAAGAUUGAUCAUUUUGUUUGGUUUGAAGUGAAUUGUGACUUUUUUGUAUAUUGCAGGGUUCAGUCUAGAUUGUCAUUAAAUUGAAGAGUCUACAUUCAGAACAUAAAAGCACUAGGUAUACAAGUUUGAAAUAUGAUUUAAGCACAGUAUGAUGGUUUAAAUAGUUCUCUAAUUUUUGAAAAAUCGUGCCAAGCAAUAAGAUUUAUGUAUGUUUGUUUAAUAAUAACCUGUUUCAAGUCUGAGUUUUGAAAAUUUACAUUUCCCAAGUAUUGCAUUAUUGAGGUAUUUAAGAAGAUUAUUUUAGAGAAAAAUAUUUCUCAUUUGAUAUAAUUUUUCUGGGUUUCACUGUGUGAAAAAAAGAAGAUAUUUCCCAUAAAUGGGAACUUUGCCCAUUGUCUCAAGAAAUGUGUAUUUCAGUGACAAUUUUGUGGUCUUUUUAAAGGUAUCUUCCAAAAUUUCCUUAUAUUUUUAGGUUAUGCAACUAAUAAAAACUACCUUACAUUAAUUAAUUACAGUUUUCUACACAUGGUAAUACAGGAUAUGCUACUGAUUUAGGAAGUUUUUAAGUUCAUGGUAUUCUCUUGAUUCCAACAAAAUUUGAUUUUCUCUUGUAUUUUUCUUACUUACUAUGGGUUAUAUUUUUUAUUUUUCAAAUUGGAUGAUAAUUUCCUGGAAAAAUUUUUAAUGUUUUAGUAAACAGUAUUUUUUUGUUGUUUCAAACUGAAGUUUACUGAGAGAUCCAUCAAAUUGAACAAUCUGUUGUAAUUUAAAAUUUUGGCCACUCUUUUCAGAUUUUACAUCAUUCUUGCUGAACUUCAACUUGAAAUUGUUUUUUUUUUUUCUUUUUGGAUGUGAAGGUGAACAUUCCUGAUUUUUGUCUGAUGUGAAAAAGCCUUGGUAUUUUACAUUUUGAAAAUUCACAGAAGCUUAAUAUAAAAGUUUGCAUUCUACUCAGGAAAAAGCAUCUUCUUGUAUAUGUCUUAAAUGUAUUUUUGUCCUCAUAUACAGAAAGUUCUUAAUUGAUUUUACAGCCUGUAAUGCUUGAUGUUUUAAAAUAGUAACAUUUUUAUAUUUUUUAAAAGACAAACUUCAUAUUAUCCUGUGUUCUUUCCUGACUGGUAAUAUUGUAUGGGAUUUCACAGGUAAAAGUCAGUAGGAUGGAACGUUUUAGUGUAUUUUUACUCCUUGAAGAGCUAGAAUACAUAGUUUUCACCUUAACGGGGAGAACCACAAACAAUGAAUCAACUGACCAUUAUGUAGUAGACAAUUUCUGUAAUGUCCCCUUCUUUCUAGGCUCUGUUGCUAUGUGAAUCCAUUAGAUUUAUAGUAUUGUAAUAUACAAGUUUUCUUUAAAGCCCUCUCCUUUAGAAUUUAAAAUAUUGUACCAUUGAAGAGUUUGGAUGUGUAACUUGUGAUGCCUUAGAAAAAUAUCCUAAGCACAAAAUAAACUUUUCUAACCACUUCA